AUGGAGAUUGGUAUUGGUAUUGAUGUGGGAUCAACUAGUGUCAGAAUUGGAAUCUUCAACUAUGAGGAUGGGACUACGAUAAAAACAAUUGUGAAGGAAAUGCUUUAUAAGCAUGAACCAGACAGCAAAUUAUGGCACUAUACUCAGAAUGCCUUUGUAAUGAGGGAUUCAAUCUUUACCGCCUUGGAAGAAUUGCAUGUCAAUUCCUAUAUUGUUAAGAUAUGUGGUGUUUCAGCUACAUGUUCGAUGGUAUUUCUUCAACGUGAUUCCCCGGCAGAUCAUCUCAGACCACUUACAAUAAUACACGAGGAAACUAAUAAUACUGACUCUAUUAUCUUUUGGAAAGAUCAUACUGCUCAACCAGAGGCGCAAAGACUUAACAAUAAACUCAGAACUGCAAAUGAAGGGCUUUCCGGGAAGGAAAAUAAAAUAUUGUCAACAUUAGGUUCAAGAUCUGGGUUUAUUGGUGAAAUGGCAAUUCCUAAGUUAAGUCGAUUGAUCAAUUUGAUAAAAGAGGGAUUUUAUGAGACCCCCCACAUACUGGAGGUCUAUGAUUUACAUGUUUAUAUUGCACAAACACUAGCACAGAAAUAUGACUGGAACACUGUACAUCUACAAAAUAAGCCGAACGUGAACGGAAUUGGUAUCGAUGGGGAAUUACAGGGCUGGGAUUUAUCAUUUUACGUCUGGGCUUUACCAGAAACGUCUUUCCCUAUAUGUAUUGGUCCUUCAAAGGUAAUAAAUGAAACAUCUAUAGUAAGACCGAAAAGUUGUAUUGAUUGCUAUGCCAGUUGGUUUUCCACUGAUGCUUGCACAAAGGAUGAUACACUCUUUAUGGCUGCAGGUACUUCUACAUGUUGCUUGUAUGCAAUGCCAAGAAGUGCCUUAGAAUAUUUUGGGGAACAACAACAACCUCUGUCUUUAUUUUGGGGACCAUUUACGAACGUAUUAGAUAAGGAUAAAAAAAGCUCUUUCGAAAUUGGUUUCUCUGAAACAGGUAUUCUAUUGGAGAAAUUAUUUAAUAAGCAUCAAAUAACAGCAUCCUGGAGUGUUGCUGAAAGUAUAAACUACGUGGAAAAUCAGAUUGCCAUCUAUGAGCGAAAAAAGAGCCACUCAAUCUAUUUAGAACCUGAAAUCUACUUGUUUCUCAAGUACCUUACAUUAAACAAGCCAUCUGGUAGAGAUACACCCGAUACCCCAGAUUUAUUUGGAAAUGAUGGGGUUACUGACUCAACUUUAGGAUUGAUUUUUAAAUAUAUUGCAAUAUUAGAAUAUCUAGCAUACCAAGUUUCCAAUUUGAUACUCCAGUUUCAGAAAGAGAAAAUAAUAAUCAACCAUCUAGUACUAUCUGGAAGCCAAGCUCAGAAUAAGAGGUUGCUUGAUCUUAUACUAUUCAUGCACGAUGGCACAAUUGAUAUAAUAGUACCAGCCGAGGAUUGGAAAUUUGGUGCAAUGAAAGGUGCAUUCUAUCUUGGCAAGGCAUAUUUUUUACAUCAAUCCAUUGUCGAUUUCUUGAAAUCUAGGAAAAAUGCUGAUCAAAUUGUGAUCUGUACAAGAAGUGAAACAUCCAUAUUGAAAGAAAAUUCUUUUGAAGAGCAAACACUAAUAACAGCAAUGUUUCAAAACCAGUCCAGAAGCCUUUAUAAAUGA